AUGAACAGAGGAACAAUACGAAUACGCUUUAUCGCCAUUCUUCUAUUUCUAGAAACUUCCGCCACCGCGCUCAUUCCCGAUUGUCCUGCUUCCUCCUGCGGCAACAUUCCCAACAUUCGUUACCCCUUUCGACUCAGCAGUGACCCUUCUCACUGCGGCGACAAGCGGUACCAAUUGUAUUGCGAGAACAACGCAACUUUCUUGACUCUGUUUUCGGGCAAAUACAGAGUCCAUGAAAUCGAUUACAACAGAUACAAAAUCCGAGUGAGUGAUGCGGAGGACGGUACGUGCUCCUUCAUGCCUCGUUAUUUCUUGUAUUAUGGCAAUUUCAGUAACGCCAUUCUGGGCCCUGGAACGGAUCCGCUGAAAUUGGACCCAUUUUCUCAACCGUCGAUAGCUUAUUUCAACUGUUCCGAUCCAAUCACCGACGAUCCCAGAUAUGUGGCGGUGGAAGGCACUGGUUGUGACCACAGAGGGAACGUUUACGCUGUUGUUAAGGAUUCGGGAAAUGGUUUUGGUGUGGAGGAUAUCAAGGUUGGGUGCGAACUGCAGGUGGCUACUUUUGGUGGUGUCGGAGACCACAGGUCGAAGAAAGGAGUUUCGUACGGUGAAAUAAAAAACAUGGUUUGGCAGGGAUUUAGGUUGUCUUGGUUGUAUCUUAUUUGUGAAGAUCGAUGCGGAAAGGGAAUAGAUUGCAGGGUUGUGAAUGAAUCCACGGGGGAAGUCCAGUGUGACCAGUAUGGCUGCAGUUAUGUCUACGACGAACCCAACAACAGGGUCACAUACCAGUGCAGCAGCAGCGUCGGUGGCAUUGGACGAAAAAUAUUUUACGCUGUAGUUCUAUUUUCGAUUGGUGCUUAUCGAGGGUUGAUGCAAAAUUUUGGCUUGAACAAAGCCACAGGAUAUGACGGUGAUAGUGAAGCUGAAAUAGGAAAAAGCGUAGGAAGGUAUCUCCUACCAUACUUUAUGAUACGGUUUCUAUUUGGUGUGGUUAUUUUUGUUAUGUUGUUGAUCUAUAAAUGGGGAAGAAGACACAAAUCAAAGUAUGAAAAUAUUGAAUCUUUUCUAGAAGGAAACACCCUCAUGCCAAUAAGAUACUCCUACAAAGAAAUAAAGCACAUGACUAAGGGUUUUAAGGAAAAGCUAGGCCAAGGAGGAUUUGGUUUGGUAUACAAAGGAAAGUUGCGUAGUGGGUUAUUUGUUGCAAUAAAGAUGUUGAGUAAAUCAAAGUCUAAUGGCCAAGAUUUCAUCAGUGAAGUUGCUACCAUUGGAAGAAUACAUCAUACAAAUGUGGUACGACUUAUUGGAUUUUGUGUUGAAUCAUCACAUCGUGCUCUUGUUUAUGAGUUUAUGGCUAAUGGUUCUCUCGAUAAAUAUAUUUUCUCCAAACAAGAUAGUAUCUCUUUGACUUACAGACAAAUAUACGAUAUUUCUCUUGGAGUGGCUCGUGGUAUUGCUUAUUUGCAUCAGGGAUGUGACAUGCAAAUUCUGCAUUUUGAUAUCAAGCCACAUAACAUUCUUCUUGAUGAGAACUUUAUCCCAAAGGUUUCAGACUUUGGCUUGGCAAGACUUUAUCCUAUAAACAAAAGCAUUAUCACUUUGACUGCAGCAAGGGGAACAAUUGGUUACAUGGCUCCAGAGUUAUUUUACCAUAAUAUUGGGGGAGUAUCAUAUAAGGCAGAUGUUUAUAGUUUUGGAAUGCUUUUGAUGGAAAUGGCAAAUAAAAGAAGAAUUUUUAACACACAUGUAGAUCAUUCAAGUGAACUUUUUUUCCCUCUUUGGAUAUAUGAUCAAUUGAGAGGAGAAAAUGAGAAAGAAAUGGAAAAUGUUACCAAGCAGGAGUAUAAUGACGAGGCAAAGAAGAUGUUUUUAGUAGCAUUAUGGUGUAUACAGUUAAAACCAAGUAAUCGUCCUUCAAUGAACAAGAUAAUGGAGAUGUUGGAAGGAGAAAUUGAGAACAUUGAAAUGCCUCCAAAACCUUCCUUAUAUCCAGAUGAAAUGAUUUAUGAAAUGAUUUAA